AUUCAAUCAGUUUCAAUUUCCACCUGCCGAAUACAUUUCCGUUUUACAGUUUAUUUCGGCUGGCGAUUGCCAAAUGCGGCCGGCUGUUUGUAAUUUUUUAAUUUCGACUUGAAUUUCAAAAUUCAAUUAGUUUUCGCCACGCACCCCCAAACCCCCAAACCCACACACACACACACACACAUAUACACACAGACAGGAAGGAACAAAGGCAUAAAACAGUCAGUCCACAGAUCCUGUGAAAUCGAGGGAGGCAGCUGGGUUGGUCCACACCGCAGAUGUCCGCCUGUGUCUGCUCUGGCAUUAUGCCUCCACACUUCCAGAAGCGAACAGAUAUAGACUAGAUGGGCGGAGGAGACGGCAGAUCCAGGGAGAGAUGCAAAUUUUGUGGUCCCGGGCUUUUGGGGGCUGAACAAUUUAAGCCCCAUAACUCAGACCGCAGCGUUGGAGAAAUUAGUUCAGCCCGGGGACUGGCUGCUCCCGCUUAUCGAACGUGGGAAUCAAAGAUUUGAUUUGUGACUAGGCUACAAAAAAAUUGGGAAAGCAGCCUGUGUAAGUCUAGAAGGAUAUUCCAUUUAAGCGCGAUCUGGCUAGAUAAAAAGCAAGAAAUGGUAUUUCAAUACUUAGUAAGCAGUUUUUAAUG